GUCAAGACGAAAAGCACUGGAUAAGCAGCUGGAGCCGGGUCGAACUAACGCCUGCGAGCCCGCCUCCCUCCGCACCCUGAGCUUCCCCGGCUGACAGGCAGCUAGCGGCGGCUGUGGAAGUUUUUAAAAUGAAGAAGUUUAAUUUCCGAAAAGUUUUGGAUGGCUUAACUGCGUCCUCCCCUGGCAGUGGUAGCAGCAGUGGCAGUAACAGUGGUGGUGGGACUGGAAGUGGUUCCAUGCAUUCAGGAGGGACUGCAGGGGUUCUCAGAGAAGAGAUACAGGAAACCCUGACUUCAGAGUAUUUCCAGAUCUGCAAGACAGUACGGCAUGGUUUUCCUUAUCAACCCACAGCAUUAGCCUUUGAUCCAGUUCAGAAAAUCUUGGCUAUUGGAACAAGAACAGGUGCUAUAAGAAUACUCGGGAGACCUGGAGUUGAUUGUUAUUGCCAACAUGAAAGUGGUGCAGCUGUUCUGCAGCUCCAGUUCUUAAUCAAUGAGGGUGCUUUGGUCAGUGCAGGUUCAGAUGAUACACUUCAUUUGUGGAACCUUAGACAAAAAAGACCAGCUAUUCUUCAUUCUCUUAAAUUUAAUCGAGAACGAAUUACUUACUGUCAUCUACCUUUCCAGAGUAAAUGGCUCUAUGUUGGAACAGAAAGAGGAAAUACACAUAUUGUAAAUAUUGAAUCUUUCAUUCUUUCUGGAUAUGUUAUCAUGUGGAACAAGGCAAUUGAACUAUCCACAAAGACUCAUCCAGGUCCAGUUGUACAUUUAAGUGAUAGCCCAAGAGAUGAAGGGAAACUGCUAAUCGGUUAUGAAAAUGGUACUGUGGUAUUCUGGGACUUGAAAUCUAAAAGAGCUGAACUGAGAGUUUAUUAUGAUGAGGCUAUUCAUUCAAUUGAUUGGCAUCAUGAGGGCAAACAGUUCAUGUGCAGCCAUUCAGAUGGAAGCUUGACUUUAUGGAACCUGAAAAACCCAAGUCGUCCUUUCCAGACCACAGUUCCACAUGGAAAAAGUCAAAGAGAAGGAAGAAAAUCUGAAUCUUGCAAACCAAUUCUUAAAGUAGAAUACAAGACCUGUAGAAACAGUGAACCAUUUAUAAUAUUUUCUGGUGGACUGUCCUAUGACAAAGCUUGCAGAAGACCAAGUUUAACCAUAAUGCAUGGAAAAGCAAUUACAGUACUUGAAAUGGAUCAUCCUAUUGUUGAAUUUCUAACUUUAUGUGAAACACCCUAUCCGAAUGAAUUUCAAGAACCCUAUGCAGUUGUAGUACUUCUGGAGAAAGAUCUCAUUGUAGUUGAUCUGACACAGACCAAUUUUCCAAUCUUUGAAAAUCCAUAUCCCAUGGACAUUCAUGAAUCACCAGUUACUUGCACAGCAUACUUUGCCGACUGCCCUCCAGAUUUGAUUCUAGUACUCUAUGCUACAGGAGUUAAGCAUAAAAAACAAGGAUACAGUAAUAAGGAGUGGCCAAUCACUGGAGGAGCUUGGAACCUUGGAACACAAACAUAUCCAGAAAUUAUUAUUACUGGUCAUGCAGAUGGAUCAAUAAAAUUUUGGGAUGCUUCUGCAAUAACUCUACAGAUGCUGUACAAGCUAAAAACUUCAAAAGUGUUUGAAAAACAGAAGAUAGGAGAAGGAAAACAAACCUGUGAAAUUGUAGAGGAAGAUCCAUAUGCCAUUCAGAUGAUUUACUGGUGUCCAGAGAGCAGAAUAUUCUGUGUUUCAGGAGUCUCCGCAUAUGUCAUAAUUUAUAAAUUUAGCAAACAUGAAGUAACAACAGAAAUAGUGUCAUUAGAGGUUCGACUUCAGUAUGAUGUUGAAGACAUUAUUACCCCAGAACCAGAAACAAGUCCUCCAUUUCCAGAUCUCUCGUCUCAGCUUCCUUCUUCAAGGAGUCUUUCUGGGAGCACUAACACUGUGUCUAGUGAGGGAGUAACAAAGGACAGUAUCCCAUGUCUCAAUGUUAAGACACGGCCAGUGCGGAUGCCUCCAGGGUAUCAAGCAGAACUCGUUAUUCAGUUGGUGUGGGUGGACGGUGAACCCCCUCAACAGAUUACUAGUCUUGCUGUAAACUCAGCAUAUGGAAUAGUUGCAUUUGGGAACUGCAAUGGGUUGGCUGUGGUGGAUUUUAUACAGAAGACAGUACUGUUAAGCAUGGGGACCAUUGACCUAUAUAGAUCAAGUGACCUAUACCAACGACAACCACGGUCUCCUCGAAAAAACAAGCAGUUCAUUGCAGACAACUUUUGCAUGCGUGGCCUGUCUAACUUUUAUCCUGAUUUAACGAAACGGAUCCGUACCUCCUAUCAGAGUUUAACUGAGUUGAAUGACAGUCCAGUUCCCCUGGAACUUGAGCGCUGCAAGUCUCCCACUUCAGGACUUCCUACCAGAACUCCUGAGGCAGCACCAGGCUUUUAUAGGAAUGAGAUACCAGCUGUGAGACAGAGGAAUCAAGUACAUCACUUGCCAGAUCAUGUAAAUGGACACUGCACAAGUCCAACUUCUCAUAGUUGCAGUUCUGCAAAGCGUCUUUCUAGUGCUGAUGUUUCAAAAGUGAAUCGCUGGGGGCCUGGGAGACCACCAUUUCGAAAAGCACAGUCAGCUGCUUGCAUGGAGAUUUCUUUACCAGUUACAAUAGAAGAAAGCCGAGAAAAUUCCUAUAAUCGUUCUAGAAGCUCUAGCAUCUCCAGUAUUGACAAAGAUUCUAAAGAAGCAAUUACAGCACUAUACUUCAUGGAGUCCUUUGCUCGAAAAAAUGACUCUACCAUCUCCCCUUGUUUGUUUGUCGGAACUAGCCUGGGAAUGGUGUUGAUCAUCUCCCUGAACCUACCUUCAGCAGAUGAACAAAGAUUCACAGAGCCAGUCAUGGUAUUGCCAAGUGGUACAUUCCUGUCAUUGAAAGGAGCUGUGCUAACAUUCUCCUGUAUGGAUCGAACUGGUGGACUAAUGCAACCGUCAUAUGAAGUUUGGAGGGAUCCAAACAACGCAGAUGAAAAUGAGAAAUCUUGGAGAAGGAAACUGGUCAUGAACUGUCCCUCUCUGUCACAAGAAAUAGGAGAUCAUCAGUAUACGAUAAUCUGCUCAGAAAAACAAGCCAAAGUUUAUUCACUGCCUUCUCAGACUUGCCUUUAUGUUCAUAACAUCACCGAGACAUCUUUUCUACUGCAAGCAGAUGUAGUGGUCAUGUGUAACAGUGCCUGCCUGGCAUGCUUUUGUGCCAAUGGGCAUAUCAUGAUAAUGAGCCUACCUAGUCUCCGCCCAAUGUUGGAUGUUAAUUAUCUGCCACUGACAGACAUGCGGAUAGCACGGACAUUCUGUUUCACCAACGAAGGACAGGCAUUAUACCUCGUCUCUCCAACUGAAAUUCAGCGGUUAACAUACAGCCAGGAGAUGUGUGAUAAUCUACAGGACAUGCUGGGAGAUUUGUUUACUCCCAUAGAAACACCAGAAGCUCAAAACAGAGGUUUUCUAAAGGGACUGUUUGGUGGAAGUGGACAGACAUUUGAUAGAGAAGAGCUCUUUGGGGAAGCUUCAGCAGGAAAAGCGUCCCGCAGCCUAGCGCAACACAUUCCUGGGCCCGGUGGCAUCGAAGGGGUGAAAGGCGCUGCCGGCGGGGUGAUGGGAGAGCUGACUCGCGCACGGAUCGCACUGGACGAGAGAGGGCAGAGGCUAGGAGAGCUGGAGGAGAAAACUGCGGGCAUGAUGACCAGUGCAGAAGCAUUUUCCAAACAUGCACAUGAGUUAAUGCUGAAAUAUAAGGAUAAGAAAUGGUACCAGUUCUAAACUUCUAAAGAAGCUGGGGCUGCUCUGAGAAACCAUGAUUCAGGGAAACCAAAUCUUUUCCCAGCAUCACUAUCCGACUGCUAGAAGCCAGUUUCUUCUACAAAAUGUUCCAUUACAGUCCAUCUGAAGUUAUCAUAAGAGAGACUUAUCAGAGACACUGUACAACCGAAAGUCUGGAACCCUGGUUAGAAUCCCGAGGUAUGGCUGAAUUUGCCUUUUCCCACGUGGAUUGGAGGUAUCAUCUUGGCACAUUAUUUGCUAAGGAUUUAUAUUCAGGAACUACGGGGAGUUCUCCUGAUUUGAAAAAACCCUGUACAAACAAAAGCAUUAAUGCACUUAAUGAAAAAAAUCUUUGCAUGAUAAAUUAACAUCUUAAGAGGAAAAGAAAAAAAGCAUGUUGUGAUAGAAGAAAAAAAGAUUAAUGGUAAACUAUUUUUAUAAAAUGGGCCACACCUGACAGUUUUAAAAAUCUGCGUUAGAAAUUAUCAGUGCAUUUCAAGUACAUUUGUCAUACCCAACUGAAAAGGAAAAGAAAACAAAACCAAAUUUUCUUCUCAUCUCUAAUUUUAAUUAUACUAAAACAUUAUCAAAUUCUGAUGGCAAAAGUCUGACUAACAUUCCUCUCGCUCCAUAGUAUCUUACAUCGUUGAUAGUUCUCAGUCACAAUCAAGUAUUGCUGGUAUAGUAAAUUAUUUCUAACACAAUUAUUUCCAUUUCUAUCACUUUCAGGACAAGUUGCUAUUUUUAGCCACAAACCAUGCAGGGUUGGGACACCUCAAAGCAUUUUUUCAGCCCAGUUUUACUCUCUGCAAGGGAGUUGACUGACAGGUUUGGGGAAACUAGAUUACAAGAACAAUGCAGUUAGCUUUGAGAACUUAAUUCACACACUCUGGUUUGUUUCUAAAGUGAUACAUUUUUAAUGCUCCAUUUGUAUCCUUGUCUGCCAAUUACACAGUAUAUUACUGUUCAAACCCAGUGGGGUCUUCAAUCCAAAGGUGCUCUUGCAGCCUGACACAGACCAAACUGGUCAUUCUCUUUAGCAUGAUUCAGUAAAACCUCAGUUAAUGUUUUGGGAAAGAGAUUCCAAUUUAUUACAUUUCUGACUAACAAGGGCUUUCAUUAGAAAAUAAUUUUGGUUCAGUACUUAUUGAAAAUCUUUAUAAAAUAUGGCAGUGUUUUUGCUAUGCUGGCCUCAGUCACCAUUAUGUGCAACAGAAAUACACAGAAAGUUGAAUGAUACAAAAUCAGUAAUUUUGUUAUAAACCAGAGGAUUCUGUCAGUAAAUACCAAAUACCUUUUCCUUAUUAAAAACUGUUUUCAAAAUGAAAUAAAGAAUAUCCUUAACAGGGUCAAAGGCAUCUCUCAUAACUCAGCAGACAACUAGAGACAAAACAAAACAAACACACCUACUCUCUCUAUUUAACGUAAGUCUAGGAGUCAAAAGUAGAAAUCAAUAUAUGCUGAUGCUAGGACUCAUCCUAUAAUAUGUUGCUCCUUCAAAAAGAAUUUUUUUAAAGAAUUAAUGAGUUUGGUUUAUUGAAUUUCAAUUAAUCAAGAUCUUACUAGAUUUAUAUAUAUCUGUGUUUUAAGAGUCCACCAUUUUCCUAAAGGCCAGUUUAUUUUAAUAGCCAAAAUAGUAUUGAAUAUUUCUUGGGUUUUUUAGAUUAUUUUUUAUUUUUAGUGAAUUUGUUUGAAGUGGUACUUCCUUUAAAUAUUCUUACUAAUUUUGAGAAGAGCAGAGAUGUUUGAAAGAAGCAGCAAAUGUGUACCCAGAUGGCAUUUCUCAGUGUCCUUGAAUUCGCCUGAUUUCUCGUAAAACCUUCUCCAUGAAUAUCUCCAGACUCCUGUGAACAGCCUUGGGGUAACAAAACCUGACUUGGAAAUACAAUAUGAUUCAUAAAAUUAUAUGGUAAGAAUAUUAAAGAAACUGGAGACUAGGAUUUGGGAAACACUGAUAGUCAGAUUGCAGUGCAGUCUCAGUUUCAAGGACCCAGUUUUCUGAUUUUUCUGAAUAGAUAACUUAUCAUUUCUAUAUUUUUAAAAAAUGUUUAAAAAAUCUAAAAUGUUAGUUUAUUUUAGGAACAAUGAAACUCAGUUCAAAGUGGCAUUAAGUUCAAUGACUGUCUGUGAAGGCCCAGUAAGACGUGAGAUGACUUGUUCUUCACUAGGGUACUCCGCGGCGGGCUGCUCGCUGCACCCUCACUGCGGGGCGCUGUCCUUUCACCACAGCAUGUUCAGCAGCAUCCCCGGCCUCUGUGCACCAGACGCCAGUAGCCGCCCCUGAGUGAUGACGACCACGAACGUCUCCACCCAUUGCCCACACUGCUCCCAAAUGCGAGCCACUGUUCCACAUCACUUAAAGACAGGCUAAGUGUGAAUAUAUAAUAUAUGUCUUGUAUAAAAUUGAAUGUCAUAAGUGCACAGUGUCUUAACAAGAGAAAUUAUUAUACCCAAAAUUACAAGUGUGGUUCAAUAUGCAAUAAAAUGCUAUUUUGGAGAAAGCUUAUAUGAAUCAGUAGAAAAAUAACAGUUACAGAAUAUUUUAAAGCAUACAAAGAAAAUACCAAAAAGGACAAGAGAGUGUUUCACAGAAGUGCUUAAAACUCUGGCUUUAAUGAAUAGAUCAAAAGUUAGCACAACUGGAAGUAAACAGGUGCUUCUGAAAUGCUUGUAAAGAAGAGAUUCUUUUUAAAUGUGUCUUUCAAUAUUGUUUUUAUAAACCCUUUCAUAAUGUAAGGGUAACUUGAUCCCAUAAAUUCCUGAUUAGUGGAAUACAAAUUAAUGAGGUUUUACUGUAUCAAAAUUAUUUUUAUAAUUCAAAGAGAUAGCAAUAAUAAGAAUCUAAUGUGGAUGUGGUUUUUCUCUUUGAACUUUUCUAUUCCGUUGCACUCACCUUAGCACAUGCGUGAACGCGUACACCGCCCUCCUCCCAUCAGCAUCACCGUCAACACCACUGUCUUUGGCAAAUGAGUACUAUUGAUCCAUGUAAUUCUUUAAAUAUCUCUUAUCUACUCUUUAAAUGUCUUGCCUCUAUCUUAGAACAUAAGAAAAAUACUCUUAAUAACUUGGACAAUGAUUGAUAGAGAAAAGGACUCAGAGCCUAGUUGGCAUCAAAAUUACAUUCUGUCUGCCAAGGUAGCAUCAGAAAAUAAGGCUUGUAAACCACGGUCUCUACGGAUUGACUUUAUCUCCCUCUAACUCCUUCAGGUGAUGAGCCUUUCUUAUCCCAGGAGACAAUGGGCCUUUGCAUUCUGUUCAUCAGUGGGAAGGUAGACAUGUUUGUUUCUCUGGUUCUAAUAAUAAGCAAUAAUUCCUAUCCUGAAAUCAUCCAUUGACCCUGGGGUUUGGAAGAAAGAUGACUGAUUUAUCAUUUAUUUUAAUUCCUUACAAAAGCAGCACUACUGAUUUUGCUUCCUACAUAGACUACACUGAGACACAGACUUAGCAUCCCGGUCACCCUCACGGUCGUUGUCGGACCAGCUUUGGAAGGACAGCGACAUAGCUGAGUGAGAUGUUCUCCUGUAACUCAGUCACAGAGACAUUUUUCAGAUCUCAUCUAUAGCCUGUGAAUGAUUCUCAAGCUAGUAAAUCAGAAUCCAGGUCUCUAUUUCUCAAAGAUCUUCAGGGGGUUGCAAAGGAACACAUGCACAGCCAGAGUCCUUUCACGUGACCUACAUGUCUAGUUCUAAAGGUACCAUUUGUCAGCUACCUGCAUUAAGGGGGGACCAUUGCUUUGAACAAGGAAAAAAAAUGUAUGUGCCCUAGGUUGGUUGAAGAAAAUUAGGAUUAGCUCUUGGAGAAAUUGGUUGUAAGAUGUUUGGCAGAGGGAAAAGGAAGAGGGUCUAGAAAUGUAAACUAAAAAUCCUCUUCUUGGUUCAGGAUCGCUGGGAUAACCCAGGAGCAAACCCGUGAGAUUAUUCCUGCCCCUGUGGGCCCAUGUCUUAACUCGCCACUUUCAUUCAGAAGGGUGGUGCCACAGGGACUCAGACAGUCCUGUCAGGCUCUGCUCUGUGCCUGGGGGGAGAAACACGGCAGCCUUCACAGCGUCCUCCCCUCGGCCCUUUGUAGCCUGGGCCUGGUGUGUGACAAGGUACUCUGUCAUAUACACACUGCCCCCAGUGCCAGAGUACUUGCCAGGACAUAGUAUGCUGGGAUACCACCAUUCCGGGGAGCAUGGUCGUCAUGUAGCAGGAUUAGCAUAUAUAUUUACAGACAACAUAACCCUGAAAGGAUGAAAUGCAGACCAGGUGAGGUCUGACUUGGGAAGGGGAGAGAGGAAGUGCCGAUCUGAUGCAAGGAUGUGGGGGUGGGGAGGAACAUGGAAGCCGGAGUGGAGUGGAAAAGGCUUUGAUGAGGAACCACAAGCACUGAAAGGGUGCAUUUAUUUACAUAUUUAGGUAGGGAAGUGAUUUUCAACCUUGGCUGUUCAUAAGAAUCACCUAAGGAGCUUUUAAAAUUCCCAAUUAUAUCAAAAUCUCUGAGUGGGAGCCAAACAUCAGUAUUUUUGAAAGCCCCCAAUGUGGUUCCAGUGUCCAGCCAAACUGUAUAACCACAGUUUUAUGGCAGCUAAGGAGGCCCGUGAGUUCACCUUGGCUGGUGCCGGGGCCCCACUUCUGCGGGGUUCAGGGGAGGCGAGAUGUAGGAGAUACAGUGAUGGCUCGACUGCUAUUUAUUUUGUGUCACAACCCAAAACAAAUGUUCUGUGCAAACGCUGACCAGAUGGUGCCCCAUUAACUCUUAAUAACAACUCCUUGUGGUUUUCUCCUUUGUGACUUGACCAUUAAUUAUUCCAAUUCAAACAUCUAGGCUUUGAUUAUCUUAUACAUGUGACAUCACAGAACACCAGAAAUAGCAUAAAAAAUUCAGCAGCAUGUAAAGCUAAGUGGAAAACUAAUUCUCAAUAGUUUCUUAAUAGAAAUGCUCAAAACAAUCAUUUACUAAAUUAGGUCCAAAUUUAUUAUUCAUUCUUUGUUCAGAGGAGAAAUGAGUACCAGGUGCCUGUUCUGCGAUAGGUAUAUUUUCUUGAAUUUGAUCUCAGCGAGGAGGGAGAACAGCUCUUCCUUGAUUAUCGUCUUAGCUCCCAGGGCCACUCGGAUUCAUUUUCUUAGGAACUGGACUGUGUUUAAGGGGAGAAGAAUGCCUGUAACUCACUCUCUGGCCUCCAGUGCCCCUGAAAGAGUGCUCUCGCCUUCAAAAAGGGAGAGUCUGCCUGUCCGAGGCCACAACAGUCAGUAGGAAAAUUUGAGCAAGUCCUCUCCUCUCACACUGCUUCCCUCUAGUUUUGGCCCACCCUUCUCACUGCAAAGUCAGAAAAUAAAGUAGGUGGUGGUUUUGGACAAGUGUACGUACACAAGAUCAAAAUCUCUAAUAACCUAUAAUUUUUAGUACUUAAUUAUGUGAUGUUUUACUCUAGGAAAUAAGAAACCGAUGAUAUCAUUGAUGUAUCUUUCUUUCAUCCUCAGAAUUUUUGCAUCUUUUCAGAAAAUGACAAAUUACUAUUUUUCUGUUGCACUCAGCAAUUGUGACUAUACUUAAAAUUCUUGUAGUCUGUAGAGAUAUCAAUAAAAUUGUAUAUGUUUGUACAUAGAUGCUCUCUUAUGUUGUGAUGUCAUGAACUACUACUGAUUUUUGUCAAGAUUAAAUAUGGACAGAGGUAAGACCCUCAUUUACAAUACUGUGAACCAUAGUUUUACAAAGUAUAAUUGUUCUAAAAAGGCAGGGAGGUGGGUGGGGGAGCA